UUUCGGAGUCGGCCUCGCUGCGAAGCGAGCGCGCGCGUACCCGGCAGCGGCCGCCGAGGCGCUAUGGGCCCACCUGGCCCCGGGCGCCGCACCGUGCGAGUCCCGGCCUGGAGCCAGGAUUGAAGCCACAAGAUGGCUGAUCAGGACCCUGGGGGCAUUAGUCCCCUCCAACAAAUGGUGGCCUCAGGCGCUGGGGCUGUGGUCGCCUCCAUCUUCAUGACACCCUUGGAUGUGGUGAAGGUCCGCUUGCAGUCUCAGCGCCCUUCGGUGGCCAGUGAGCUGAUGCCUCCCUCCAAGCUCUGGAGCCUCUCCUACACCAAAUUGCCUUCCUCUCUCCAAUCCACAGGGAAGUGCCUCCUGUACUGCAACGGUGUCCUGGAGCCCCUGUACCUGUGCCCAAAUGGUACUCGCUGUGCCAACUGGUUUCAGGACCCUACCCGCUUCACUGGCACCAUGGAUGCCUUUGUGAAGAUUGUGAGGCACGAGGGCACCAGGACCCUGUGGAGCGGCCUCCCAGCCACCCUGGUGAUGACUGUGCCAGCUACCGCCAUCUACUUCACUGCUUAUGACCAACUCAAGGCUUUCCUGUGUGCUCGAACCCUGACCUCUGAUCUCUAUGCACCCAUGGUGGCUGGCGCACUGGCCCGCCUGGGCACAGUAACUGUGAUCAGUCCCCUGGAGCUUGUACGUACAAAGCUACAGGCUCAGCAUGUUUCAUACCGUGAGCUGGGUGCCUGUGUCCGGACAGCGGUGGCUCAGGGUGGCUGGCGUUCACUGUGGCUGGGCUGGGGCCCUACUGCCCUUCGAGAUGUGCCCUUCUCAGCCCUGUACUGGUUCAACUAUGAGCUGGUGAAGAGCUGGCUGAAUGGGCUCAGGCCAAAGGACCAGACAUCCGUGGGUGUCAGCUUUGUGGCUGGUGGUAUCUCAGGGACGGUGGCUGCUGUCCUGACUCUACCCUUUGAUGUGGUGAAGACUCAACGCCAGGUCGCGCUGGGAGCGGUGGAGGCUGUGAGAGUGACUUCCCCACAUAUUGACUCCACCUGGCUGCUGCUGCGGAGGAUCCAGGCCGAGUCGGGCACCAAGGGACUCUUUGCAGGCUUCCUCCCGAGGAUCAUCAAGGCUGCCCCCUCCUGUGCCAUCAUGAUCAGUACCUAUGAGUUCGGCAAAAGCUUCUUUCAGAGGCUCAACCAGGAACGGCCUCUGGGCCACUGAAAGGGGCGAGGAGACGAGGACCCAUCUCUUUCACGGUGGGGAGAGCAGCCCGAGGAGACUGAGCCAAGUGCCUUUUCCUCAGCACUGAGGGGAGGGGCCUUGCUUCCCUUUCCUCCUCAGACACAGCUUUUUUCCUGCUGCUCCCAGUUCCCAUCCCCCAAGUUCAAGACCAAAUCUGCUAACUGCCCUCUGCCUUUGUGUUUGCUGUAGCUCGCCUGCCCCCAGGAGUCAAGAAACCCUGGGCCUGGCUUAGUCACCCCUACCCCUGUGAAUUCCUUAAGUCUAAAGAUGAUGAAGAACUGCC